CACGACACAUCGUGUUUUUUUUUUUUUUAACUUUCCCACUUCACAGUACAAGGAAUUAUAGCGCGAGAAAAUUCUCCCAACUCCUCUAGCUUCCUCUUUAGUCCUUGCUUUAUUCAUUUCUCCAAUUUUCUCUCCAUCCAAACACCAGGCGUGUCUCUCUAAAUUUCUCUUGCUUUACUUCAUCGAUCGUCUUAUUUCACUCGAGCAAAAGGUUUUUUCCUAGGUCAACUCGAUCACGGCAUAGAACAUUUUGAUCGAAUCGAAGGAAACCUUCAAUUUGCGCGCUGGAAUAUUGAUUUGUUGCGGGGCUUAGGGUUUGUUGGAGGCGGUGAGAUUCGAGAAUGUUCUUCUCGGGUGAUCCGACGACUCGGAAACGUGUUGAUUUGGGAGGUCGGAGUUCGAAGGAGAGAGAUAGGCAGAAACUUCUAGAACAAACGCGGUUGGAGCGGAACCGCCGCCUCUGGUUGCGGCAACAGAACUCCGCAGCUCUCAAGAUUCAGAAAUACUUCAGAGGGAGAAAGGUAGUGGAAGCUGAACAUGCCAAGGUGCGAGAGCAGUUCUACCAAACCUAUGGGAAGCACUGCCAAAAUGUGGACAGGCAUUGUUUUGGUCCAGACUCGGAGUUUCUCCGCCAGCUAAUUUUCUUCUUUAAUGCUGGGAAUACAGAUGAUUUUUUAGUUCUUGUUGAGACUUGCCGAUUACUUCAGCAUUUUGUUCGAGAUAGUGCAGGGGAUGUCGUGGGACUCUUUGCAGGCAUGGACUACUCAUCCUAUCAUUCUUUGGCUGCCUACAGAGUGAAGCGACUGUCAUUUGCUUGUAUUCAGGCUAUACAUCAGAACAGAAAUCAAUUGAAAGAUCAACUUUUGAUGACUCCAGAGGAGUCUAGUGCACCAACAGCCAUCUUGCUUGAAGCACUGGUCUUGUUGUUAGAUCUUAAACUGCCAUGGGCUUGUAAGACAGUAGGUUAUCUCAUGCAAAGAAACGUAUUCUCUCUGUUUAGAGAAGUUGUUCAAAAAGUAAAGGAAAAUGUAAAUGCUACGGGUUCUUUUGGGAAAAUAUCUGCAUUGGAGCGUGUCCUUGCUCUUAUGAUUUCUCAUGUUGGUCAGAGUCCGUGUAUUUGCUCAAAUAUUAAUCCACAGUGGAGUUUCUUGUCCCAGAUUCUUACAAUCCCUUUCUUAUGGCAGCUUUUUCCGUACUUAAAAGAGGUUUUUGCAUCUCGGAGCUUGAGCCAAUACUACACUAAUCAGAUGGCUUUGUGCGUGCAAAAUCAUGCUAAUGUACUUCCCACUGAUAUACCAAAUGAGUUUCCUGGUUAUGCUUGUCUUCUUGGUAAUUUAUUAGAAACUGCAGGUGCUGCUCUAUCUCAGCCUGACUGCUCAUUUGAAAUGGCCAUAGACCUUGCAGCAGUUACAACGUUCUUGUUGGAAGCUCUUCCUCCUAUAAAAUCCUCAAGCAGAGAAAGUAGAGAAAGUUCCAUGGUUGGGGAUGAUGAUAUGACCAUAGGUGACGAAGUGGGAGAAAUACUUUUGGAUCGUAAUUUGGAACUGCAGAUAACCAAUGCUAUAGAUUCACGCUUUCUUCUGCAAUUGACCAAUGUGUUAUUUGGAGGGAUUUCCACUGUCCAUGGUUUACAUACUGAAGGACCAGAUGAUAAGGAGGUGGCAGCUGUUGGUGCUGCUUGUGCGUUUCUGCAUGUUACAUUCAAUACUUUACCUCUAGAGAGAAUCAUGACUGUACUAGCAUAUAGAACUGAACUUAUUCCAGUGCUUUGGAAUUUCAUGAAACGAUGCCAUCAAAAUCAAAAGUGGUCAUCCUUGCCUGAGCGAGUUUCAUAUCUCUUGGGAGAUGCACCUGGCUGGCUGCUACCUCUGUCUGUUUUCUGUCCUGUGUACAAGCACAUGCUUAUGAUAGUUGAUAAUGAGGAGUUUUAUGAGCAGGAGAAGCCACUGUCUUUGAAGGAUGUCAGAUGCCUAAUCAUCAUUCUGAGACAGGCUUUGUGGCAGCUCCUAUGGGUGAACCCUUCAGCUCACCCUGGUUCUGGGAAAUCUGUCUCCAACACUUCUGCUCAUACGAGGCACCCUGUUGAAGCUAUUCAAAAUAGGGUUGGUACUGUAGCCUCUGAGCUUCUCUCACAGUUGCAAGAUUGGAACAAUCGGCGGCAGUUUACUCCCCCCAGCGACUUUCAUGCUGAUGGUGUAAAUGACUUUUUCAUUUCUCAGGCCGUAAUGGAAGGCACAAAAGCACAUGACAUAUUAAAGCAAGCACCUUUUUUGAUUCCAUUUACCAGCAGAGUUAAAAUAUUCACUUCACAACUAGCAUCAGUUAGGCAGAGACAAGGGGCUCAUGGUGUUUUUACCAGAAACCGAUUCAGAAUACGAAGGGAUCACAUUUUGGAAGAUGCUUAUAAUCAGAUGAGCGCAUUGUCUGAAGAGGAUCUUCGAGGAUUGAUUCGUGUAACAUUUGUCAAUGAAUUUGGAGUGGAGGAGGCUGGUAUUGAUGGUGGUGGAAUUUUCAAAGAUUUUAUGGAGAAUAUUACUCGAGCUGCAUUCGAUGUACAGUAUGGGUUAUUUAAGGAAACAGCUGAUCACCUUCUAUACCCUAAUCCUGGAUCAGGAAUGAUACAUGAACAACACCUCCAAUUUUACCAUUUCUUGGGAACACUUCUUGCAAAGGCCAUGUUUGAAGGGAUUCUUGUGGAUAUACCAUUUGCAACAUUCUUUUUGAGCAAAUUGAAACAAAAGUACAACUAUUUAAAUGACUUGCCUUCGUUGGACCCAGAAUUAUAUCGCCACCUUAUUUUCCUAAAGCAUUAUAAAGGGGACAUUGCAGGGUUGGAGCUCUACUUUGUAAUUGUGAAUAAUGAAUAUGGAGAGCAAACAGAAGACGAGUUGCUUCCCGGAGGAAAAAACAUACGUGUUACUAAUGAGAAUGUUAUCACAUUUAUUCACCUUGUAUCUAACCACCGUUUGAAUUUUCAGAUACGACAACAAAGUUCGCAUUUCCUUAGGGGAUUUCAGCAGCUUAUACAGAAAGAUUGGAUUGAUAUGUUCAAUGAACAUGAAUUGCAGCUUCUGAUAUCUGGUUCACUUGAAAGCUUGGAUGUUGAUGACUUACGACGCAACACCAAUUACGCGGGUGGCUAUCACAGUGAGCACUAUGUCAUUGAUGUGUUUUGGGAAGUCCUCAAAAGCUUUUCACUGGAAAAUCAAAAGAAGUUUUUGAAGUUUGUGACUGGGUGUUCCCGAGGACCACUGCUGGGAUUCAAAUAUCUUGAACCAUUAUUCUGCAUACAAAGGGCUGCUGGUACUGCCUCUGAAGAAGCAUUAGACCGAUUACCCACAUCAGCUACUUGUAUGAACCUUCUAAAGCUUCCACCAUAUAGAAGCAAAGAGCAACUAGAAACCAAAUUGCUGUAUGCCAUAAAUGCAGAUGCUGGUUUUGAUUUAAGUUGAUAUACCCUGUGAAUUGCCAAUCCUAGACAAAGCGAUGCUCUGCAUUUGCAUCUAUACUAAAUUUGAGUCAGUCCUAUGAGAAUCUCCUAUUGCUUGGGUGUCGAGGACCAUCGGAGCUGCAAGCAAGGGGAGGCUACAGAGAAGUGAUGAAUGCUUGGCCUGGGCCAAGCAUAAACAGUGUAUAGAUAAAUAACUGUCCACCCUGCUAGUUGAGUUGAAAUGUACAUACGUGGAGUCCAUUCUCUUAUGCGAAGGUUAAACAAUCAUAUGCAGAAGCAGGAAUUUGCGAUAUCUCUGGACACUCUUGAAAGCAUCACGCCUGCAAGGGCUUCUCGCGGUAGUGGGUCUUGUCAAGGGUGUUCUUUACUUAAGCUGUGGCCACAGUCCAAAAUAAACUAUUCUUGUACCAUCCAUUUGUAAAUUGGGAAAAAAAAAAGAUGGUCUGUUACGUACUGUUGUGAGUAAUUUCCAACAGUUGAUAUAUAGUUAUACGCUAUUUGAAGAACAAUUAUUUUCUUGGGGUACUUAUUUUGGUUUCCACUGUUGGAUCCCCUCUCUGUCUCUCUGUUGCUUUGUACCAAAUUUUUACCAACAUAAAUGGUUGCAAAAGUUUUAGAAGUGUUUAAGAAUAUUCAAACAAGUUAUGUUUUAUUG